AUCCAGUUUGCAAAGUUGAUUURAUCUGUAACAAUUUUGUUUGCAGAAAUUAUCCAGAAUGUGACUCUGAUCACAGAGCCUGACUUUGCCCAAGAGGGAGCUGAGCAGUUCACAUUACAAUAUAGCAUGCUUCAAGGUGUUGUUGAGCAAGAAAUAUGGCGCUUCAAYGGAAGAGACCUGAAAAACAGCACACACUAUUUGAUAGAGGGAGCCAGCCUUGUAAUCUUUGGACCUAACCGGACAGACAAGGGAUCAUACUCUGUGACAUUGAUGAACCCCUUCAGCAGCGUGACCAUACAUAAGAAUGUGACUGUUCUAUACGGGCCGGAUGAGCCCAUUGUGGAGCCACUGCCAAUUCAACCUUUCUACAAAGCAGGGGACUCUCUGAUUUUGUCCUGCAGAGCUGAAGGAUUCCCACUGUCAAUUCCUCAGUGGAUCUUUGGGGGUCAAAUUCUUCCGGAUUUUCACCAAGGAGUCCUAAAUCUGACAAACGURCAGACCAGUCAAGGAGGCUCUUACAUAUGCUCUGUGCUCAAUGAGCUGACUAAGGAGAAGCGCGAGACAAAUGUGACUUUAAAGGUCUACGACUUGCCGCUGGGUARUCCAACAUGCUCUGUGGUGUCUGUGAACAAUGCUGACCUGCAGUAUCAGUGCAAGUGGGCAGGAGGAACGCCAGAGGCCCAGUUGUCUUUCCCAGCACUAAGUAAUACAAGCAGCAGAGCUGGAACCUUCAGUCUCACUGUUGCUUCUUCCGCUAACCUCAAUGACAAAACUAUCACUUGCUUAGCAGAGCAUCCAAUUGAACAAACCACCUGCAACAUUACCGCAAGUAAUAUUUUAUUGUUAGAUUUGGUGGAUUACUCCUACUGUAUUCGUGUAAAGCCAGACAACACUGGUGUUGUGRCGGAUGGCGUGAAGCACUCAAUGAACCCCUUCUGUGAGAUCGCUGUGGAGGAGGCGGUCAAACUGAAGGAGAAGAAGCUUAUUAAGGAGGUUGUGGCUGUCAGCUGUGGGCCACAGCAAUCACAGGUGGGAGAGAUGUGCUCCCCAGUCUUUACAUGCCAUCAACUCCCCUUCUCUCUGUCUGUCCAAAAUCUCUCUCCAGGACCGACUAUCUCAGAUUCCAGUUUGUUCCCUAAUCAAGAUGGAACCAUCAUCACGCUGACCUGGGAGGUCCCACCUACAUCCUUGGUUACAGGUUUUGACAUCCAAAUGAAAGGACCCGAUCUUCUGAGCCACGGUGGUGAUUAUUCUGUUCCUAAGAGAAGUUCAAAAGAAUACCGCAUCAUUCAGCAGAAACCUGGGUAUGCUAGGAGUACAGAUGUCUUUUUGCUUGAUCCUGACAUGACAUACAGGUUUSGAAUCAUUCCCAAAGCUCGGCUAACAGAUGGAGAGCCAUCAGAGGUUCACAGAAUUGGCCCAGGUGAUGGUUUGAGUGGGUCUGCCAUUGCCGGCAUUGCAGCUGGAAUCCCAUGCAGCAUUCUUGCCCUGGUCCUACUAAUUGGCCUUAUUUUCCUAAUUUUCUACCACCACAAGAAAAAAAGCAAUAAGACACGCUAUCCAGUCUCCAGAGCAGUUGAGAAGGUGAAAACCAUCCAGCCUAAGRCRGUUUCACACAACAUUUUGAACAGAGGGCUUAGGCCUCCUCCUGAUUACAACAGUUUGCACCAGACUCCGUCUGAAAGAUCUGCGACUCUACCCAUGUUUGUCCCACCUGCCCCAGUCAGAGUUGCAACGACAGUUUAAAUGAGUAAAUUGAUGUGUAUAUUUUUGCAAAACUGACCUCUUAUAUAAACARAUGCAAAUCCAGGGUAUUGUUUUUCCAAGUGUUUGAAAUUGCAUUUAAAGGUAAACAGAAAAUCWGAUAUUUUAUUAAUUUGUAAGUUUUUGUGCUGAAGUUGAAUAAUCUGUUAAUCUUUGCAUAAAGUAUAUCAAUCAGGAAAUUCAUCUUGCUUGCUGAAACAUACAUUGCUGCUGGUGUUCAUACAUUUGUGCAGCAGAUGGUGCUGUGGAGUAAUGAAUGACAUGAAUUUGUCUGAAUGUCCAGUUAAACAGAACUGAUGAUACCUUCAAUAAACACAAAGUGGUGAUA